GCAAAAGAGGAAAGGAGUUCAAUAAAAAAGAAGUCAAACCUACUUGGAACCUCACGGACUCCUUGGGCCAGUUCCCUGUCUGAUGGCUUUUAUGAACAAAUAUGUGCUCUCUCUUCUGGUGCUCUUCUUGGCCUUCUACUACUAUUCUGAAAAUGAAGAAUUCAAACCAGAGAUGCUCCAAGGAAAGAAAGUGAUUGUGACAGGGGCCAGCAAGGGGAUUGGAAGAGAAAUAGCUUAUCAUCUGGCAAAAAUGGGGGCCCAUGUGGUGGUGACAGCAAGGUCAAAAGAAACUCUACAAAAGGUGGUAUCCCACUGCCUAGAACUUGGCGCAGCCUCAGCACACUACAUUGCUGGCACCAUGGAAGACAUGGCAUUUGCAGAACAAUUUGUUGCUAAAGCAGGAAAACUCCUGGGAGGACUAGACAUGCUUAUUCUCAACCACAUCACCAACUCUUCAUUGAGUCCUUUUCAUGAUGAUAUCCACUAUGUGCGAAAAAGCAUGGAGGUCAACUUUUUCAGUUACGUGGUCCUAACCGUAGCCGCCUUGCCCAUGCUGAAACAAAGCAAUGGAAGCAUUGCUGUCGUCUCUUCAAUGGCAGGGAAAAUCUCUCAACCUCUGAUUGCUGCCUACUCUGCAAGCAAGUUUGCUCUGGAUGGAUUCUUCUCUUCUAUUAGGAAAGAACACUCACUUCUGAAGGUCAAUGUGUCAAUCACUCUCUGUAUCCUUGGCCUCAUAGACACAGACACAGCUAUGGAAGCAAUCGCUGGGGUAAUGAAUUUAAGCCCAGCUCCAAAGGAAGAGUGUGCACUGGAGAUCAUCAAAGGGGCAGCUCUACGUCAAGAUGAACUAUACUAUGACAAGUCACGCUGGACCAUAUUCCUUCUUGGCAAUCCAGGGAGGAAAAUCUUGGAGUUUUUCUCACUGAAGAACUAUAAUAUGGAAAAGUUUAUAAAAACCUAAGAACCCCCUUUAGGCUCAGCAAGGUAAGGGACUUGGUAGCUGUUCUACCCCAUAUUUCUCUGAAUUCUCUCCAUGAAAAGCAUCCUUCAGGGGGAUAGCUAGGAUAUCCCUGGAGACACACAUCACAAUUAGAAGGCGUUCCUCUAACAAUCUGCACAGUGGAAAUGUAAUUAUAAUAAACCUAUGCACCACUCUGCAACCUGAAACUGCGAAAUUAUGAAUGACCAUAGAUAUAAUGACAAAGUAGUUAUAUCAGAUUUACUCCUUGUAUGUCAUAUGAUGAUGCUUAAGACAAUAUUAGUUGUAAUAAAGAUCAACUUUAUAAAUUCAAAACUGAUAGGUAUCAUUUGAGUUCAUUUGCUAUUGAUCAUGUAAAAAUCAUAAGCUAUACAAAUAAAGUUUUU